AGUUCACUCAUGUUGGAGUUUGUUUGGGGAAUCUUGAAAGAAACUGAAACUCAAUCAGCUGUCGAGAAAUCGCGUUUCAUGUAGCAGUUCGGACUAAACGUUUAUUUAAUAAACGAUGAUUGAUUUUUUGUUAUGCUGACGAUGCAUUAUAGUGUCUAGGAACCAUAUUUGAAGUGUGACAAUGAUUUUUAAGGAAGAGAUGCAGAGUUAUGCAGUUAUUAUUGCAAUAGGAUGACGUCAGCUGUCAGGUUAUAAACAUUCAUAGAACACUGCAGGGGACAAAAAAAACUGCAUUAUGGAAGCAGGUAAUCACUAUGAGUGGCAGUUGUAUGAUGGACAGCAGUGGUCUUCUAUCUGUAAUGAUAUUGUCAUUGAGACCCAUUACUGUCAGCCAGAGGCUACUGGGAUCACCAUCCACACCAGCAUGGGGUCUCUCUAUAUUGACUUUGAUGCUUUGACAAUCAAUGAACCUUUUACUAACCUCAGUAUACGACGCAUUACUUUUCUGAACAACAAUCAGAAGCAAGAAGUAGGCUGGUACUACAAAGAUAACAAUCGCUGGUGUGAAUAUGGAUCCCAAGGAUCAGAUGGGAACACCUCGUCAAUUGGAAGUGAUUAUAUAGAGCAACAGUACAACAACAACCCAACAGGUUCAGUCCAGUUUACUGCAGGAAACACGACUUACAUGCUGGACUUUACUGCCAUGACUCAAACCAAUCUGUCCACACGCAUGAGGAGGAAAGUGAGAUGGCGACCAAAGUUCAAUUCAAUAGUAAUGGUCAACAACAGUUCGCCAACGCUGGAAUCUCCCACUACAAAUUCAAAUGCUUCAUCGACUGAAUACAUCUGGGAGUUUAAGGGUGAUAAAGGCAUUUGGACUGAGUACCAUAAACCAGGAUGUUCUUUGGAUAGUGCAGAUAUUGAGAGAUUGUACCAGCUCAACCCUCAAUAUCAGGUUUCAUUCACAGCAGGACCAUCCACAUACACUCUUUACUUUAGUGAAAUGUAUCAAGUGAAUAAUACAUUUGGUACGAAGAGACAAGUGAGGAGGAUAGACAGUGAAGAAAAGAUUCAGCAAACCAACAGUGUGUUGUCACCAGUUCGCUGGCAGUUCCAAGGUGUGGAUGGCAAUUGGAAGGACUAUUCUAAAGGUGGUUCGUGGGGUCAUUGUAGUGUGUCAAGUCAAGAUAUUGAGGCGCAGUAUCAACAGGACUCUACUGGGACAAUGAAAUUCUGGGCGGGCAGAUUCAACUAUGAGCUGAACUUCUCAGAUAUGUCCCAGUCAAACCUGUCAACCAACACUAGGAGAUUAGUACGCCGCCUUUAGCAAUAAAAUCUCACCUGCCUAUUCUUACAAUUACUUGUAUUUUUAUGUGCAUGUUUUGAGGAUGCCAGUAAAAGGGAUUGAUCUCCCAAAAAUCUUUUCUCAACCUCAUGUCAUAUCAAACCCAUUUGACUUUCUUUUUUUCCACCGAACACAAAAGGAGACAUUUCCAUGACUCUGUAUUUCCAUGUAUGCUCUUUAGAAUGAAAUUAUCAUAAAUGUGCACUGAUGUUUUAUUUGUCCAGACUAACCUAUUGAUAGUGUAUGUGCCUAAAAGUUUAAACUGCCAUUAUGUAACAAAUAAGACCAUUCUACCUUUGUUUUUCUAACAUGAACUAGUUUUCAAGUUUUUCUAGUGCUUUAACUGUGAUUUAAAAAGUGCCAUUGCUAGGCCUUAUAGUGGCUUUUACCAUUUUUCUGAAGAUUUUUUUGUUUUGUUUAAUGGGAGUAAGGAUAUCAAAUAUAUUUAGAAAAGGGAAAGGGACAUGUUUAUUUUUGCAGAGCCAGAAAACAAUGGUGUGGUGCUUAUUUAUAAGGAACAAUAACUUGUGUGGUUUCAUUUCAUUCAUAUUCUGUGUAUUCAUUUAAAUGUUAUUUUAAAAUAAUUUUAGCCAACAAAUGAUUAUGAAUCUCAAGAAGAACAUUAGAAGAUUUAAAAAAAAAAAAAAAAAAAUGAUAUACACUUAUUUAAGCACAUUUACCCUCCAAAUUGUCAAUACUGUAUUGCACACAGAUGUAUUACUUUUUUGUUUGUAAUUCCCAUUACUGUUAGCCAUCCUGUCUGGAAAAUUAUUUUAUUUUUAUUUAUUUUUUAAAUCAGUAUAUAGUAUAUUUCAACAAAUACUAUUUUUUAAUGAUUUUAAUUAUUUAUUCAUGUUUUGGCCAUAAUAAAAGGAAUGCCAUUUUUAUUUUUUUUAUAAAAAAAUAUUUUUUUAUUUUUUAUCAUCCCAUCAUUUAUCAUUAUUAUAAUGAUAAAUGAUGGGAUGUACUUAAUUAUCAUAAAAAUAAUGUCACAAUGCAAAAAAUCUUUAAGGUCCUAAAAAUAGGCUUAAUUUCCUUUAUGCAUAAAAAAUAUAUGCAUAUGCAAUUAUUAUUAAAUUAUAAUUUUUUUUUAUUUGGGAUGAAAUAUCUACUGCACUUUCUUGACAUGCUUCAUGAUAUUCACCCAUAAAUAUUUGCAUACCAAGUCUGUUAGAGUAACUGAAUUGUAGGCAAUAAAGAAUACAUGUAAUUCAAUUGUGUAUUUUGCUAAAUCUUUGCAUGAGGUCAUCUAAACAUAAGACUACAUGACCUUGGAGUGUGAUGUAAAGUUCACUGGGCCCACAUUAUAAACACUACAGCUGUAGAGAGAAAACAAAAAAAAAAAAACCGGGAAAAAGAUUGGACUGGGAAAAGUGUUCCAUACCAAAUUCAAGCCAGAUCUGAGUUUGCUAAAACUAGUUUUUGGUAAACAUCAUUUGGUAUCAUGAAAUUACUUUUUGGUUUCUUGUGUAAUAAUGUGCAUUGAUGAAAUGUCUGGGACA